AUGCCAAACCCAAGCUACGUCCUCGUCACCGGCGCCACCGGCUUCAUCGGCAGCCAUGUCGUCGACACGCUGCUCCGGCGCGGCUACAAGGUCCGCGGCUCCGCCCGUUCCAAAGCCAAAGCUGACGAGAUGCUCGCCGCGCGGCCGCAAUGGAAAGACCGGCUGGACUUCGUCUUGGUGGCCGAUUUCGAAGGCAAGACGGACCUGACCGACGCCGUCAAGGGCGUCGACGGCAUAAUACACGUCGCCAGCCCCUUCAACUACAACACCACCAACAACGAGCGCGAACUCGUCCUCCCGGCCAUCAACGGCGUGCGGGCCAUCCUGGCCGCCGCCUCCGCCACCCCCACCGUGCAGCGGCUCGUCCUCACCUCCUCUUUCGCCGCCGUCAUCGACAUCGCCCGCACCGCCGGCCCCGAGUUCACCUACACGGCGGCCGACUGGAACCCCCUGACGUACGCCGAAUCGAUCGACCCCUCAACCACCGCCGUCGUCGCGUACCGCGGCUCCAAGAAGUUCGCGGAGCUGGAAGCGUGGGAGUUUGUCAAAGAGAAGAAGCCGCACUUCGACCUCGUCACCCUCUGCCCGCCCAUGGUCUUCGGCCCCGUCGCGCAUCCCGGCGUCGCCAGUCCAGCCGCGCUGAACGAGAGCAACGCGCAGCUGUGGUCUGUCCUCGACAAGACAGCGCCGCUGCCGGUGGCGCGCGUGCCGCUGUGGAUCGACGUGCGCGAUCUGGCGCACGUGCACGUCGAGGCGCUGUUGAGGGAUGAGGCGGGGGGCAAGCGGUACACGCCGGCUAGCCCGGAGCACUUUUCGUACGGGUUGGCGGCGAGGGUGGUGCGCGAGCGGUUUCCCGAGAGGGCGAGAGAUCCGCCGGGGAAAGAGCCGGCGGAGGAUGAGACGUUGCCCGGGCCGAGUUAUGGGUUGGAUGGGGAGACGACGGCGAGGGAGUUGGGGGUGGAGUAUAGGAGAUUUGAGGAGACGGUGGUGGAUUUGGUGGGGCAGAUGGUGGCGUUGGAGGAGGCGGGGAAGUCGGCGUGA